AAUUUAAGUUUAUAAAUAUUAUUUAUCCUAUAAUCAAUGAUAUGUCUUAUCAGAAACACGUUCAAUUUGAAUUUUUAGUCAUCACUCGUAAUGCUCAGUAUGUUUAUUUAAUAUUCUAAUUUUAUUUAAAAAAUGGUGCCUAUAGAUUUGAAGGAAAAGAAGUUGAAUACGAUUGAAGAUGUAGCUUAUUAUAUACCAAAUUUUAUUACUGAAGAACAGGAAAAUUACAUUAUAGAUAAAGUAAAUAGUGCACCCAAGCCAAAAUGGUGUCAAUUAUCAAAUAGAAGACUUCAAAAUUGGGGUGGCAUUGUUCAUGCUAAAGGACUUAUACCGGAAAAAAUUCCAAAUUGGUUAAAUGGAUUUAUUGAUAAAAUAGAAAGUUUAAGAGUGUUUCCCGAAACAAAUAGGCCAAAUCAUGUGCUAAUUAAUGAAUACUUACCAGAACAAGGAAUCAUGCCUCAUUUGGAUGGCAAUUUAUUUUUUCCAACUAUAAGUACUAUUAGUUGUGGAUCUCACACAGUAUUGAAUUUUUAUAAACCAUUUACUGAGAUCGAUAAAGAAUCUAACAAAUUCUCAACUAAGAAGGUCUAUAGUUUAUUAUUGGAACGAAGAAGUUUACUUGUUCUGCAGGAAAAAAUGUAUAACAACUAUAUGCAUGGAAUAGAAGAAAUAACAACUGAUAUUAUAAAUGAUAGUAUUUCCAAUUUAAAAUGUUGUGGAUCGUACAUGCAAAACGGAGAAUCAUUAAUAAGAAGCAAACGUAUAUCAUUAACUAUAAGAAAUGUUCCAAAAGUGUCAAAAUUAAAUUUGAAUUCUUUGAUUAAAAAAAAGUAAAAUCUUGCACUUCAAAACACAA